CGCUCUUUCCUUUCGCUCACUCUUCCAGUGAACGUCUGCCUGUUUCUCCCCUCGCUGGGUUAAAGGUGAUUUCUUAUCGCCGAGUUACAGGGCCAUCCUUAAUCACACCGCGCCGCCAUGGCUAGCAACGACGAAUUGGCGUGUGUAUACGCCGCCCUCAUCCUCAUGGACGAUGAGGUGCCCAUCACGGUGGAGAAGAUCAACACCAUCCUGAAGGCUGCCAGUGUCACAGUUGAGCCCUACUGGCCUGGUCUUUUUGCCAAGGCUGUAUCUGGCCUUGACAUCAAGGCUCUUGUUGCCAACGUUGGCUCUGGUGUAGGAAGCGGUGGUGGUGGUGGUGCUGCUGCUCCUGCAGCUGCUGCUGCUUCCAGUGCACCUGCUGCCGAAGCCAAGAAGGAAGAGAAGGAAGAAGAGGCUGAGGAAUCUGAUGACGACAUGGGCUUCAGUCUCUUCGGUUAAAUCCAUAUUUUAUAAUAAAAUCUGGAA